AUGGGGCCUUCUAUCGUCAAGGGUCUGUCCACUGCGGCACGGUCUAUCCGACACUCAGGCCAGCAAUGCCUGUGCCAAUCCCAAGUCCUCCAGCCGGCGAUGUUUACAAAGCAUGUUCGAGAUAUGUCUACCGGCGAGAGAUCUGCCUUGUCGAAGCUCUCAGCGUCGACCAGAGCCUCAAGAAACACAAUUACCGAUUCUACGUCCAUGCACUUCCGUUUUAAUCAGUUUCUCUACAAUCCCUAUCCUGUCCAAGACCCUCCACACCACCUUCACGUCUAUUCGCACAAACAUAACACCCACAUCACCCUAACACGAUCAAACGGAGAACCCCUGCUCUCCAUGAGCUGUGGAAACAUCGGUUUCCGCAAAGCACAACGUUCCAAAUUUGACGCAGCGCAUCAACUUGCAUCAUUCAUGAUGGGAAAAAUCCAGGAAGAAGGACAUCUGCUAAAGAUGAAACGGCUGGAGGUUGUUCUCAGGGGUUUUGGCCCUGGUCGAGAAGCAUUCACAAAGGUGCUCCUCGGCCCAGAAGGAAAGAAUAUACGGAAUUUGGUAUGCAGGGUUACGGAUGCUUCUCGAUUAAAAUUUGGAGGUUGUCGGAGCAAAAAUGUGCGGAGGUUGGGUUGA